GGCAAGACGAUCCAUCCCGAGGUGUAUCUACCCAUGUGCAUUUUCGGCAGCUGCUUGUUGCCCACCGGCCUCAUAAUCUUUGCCUGGACGUCUACGUUAUCGGUGCACUGGAUAGCGCCGAUGAUUGGCGCCGGAACCUACAUGUGCGGGUCGUACAUUGUGUUUCAAACGUUGUUCAACUACAUGGGGAUGUCGUUCCCCCGCCACUUGGCGUCGGUGUAUGCGGCCAACGGGCUUCUCCGGUCGAUGAUGGGCGGGUGCUUUGCGCUUUUUGGCACUGCCAUGUUCAACAACUUGAGCACGCCGAAAUACCCCGUUGCGUGGGGCACGAUGAUCUUGGCGCUCAUCUUGAUUGCGCUUAUCCUGGUGCCUGUGAUGUUCUACCUCCACGGGCCGCAGCUCCGGGCCAAGUCCAAGUAUGCCGAUGCGUGA